CCCCCGGCCCGUCCGCAGCCCCGCCUGGACCCCUCCCUCCGGCCUGUGCGGCUGGUCCGGCAGCAGCGCCCGCGCGGGGACAAGCGGAGGCGCGGGACGUGGGGCGGCGCCACGGGCAGGACCAGGCGGACGGGCUCUGGCAGCGGGAGCAGUGCCGCGGGCCCCUCUCGGAGCGGCAGCAGUCCGGGCCUUGGUUCUUCCAUCCUCCUCCGCCGCGGAAGGGACCCCUUCUCGGGUUCCCUUGCAGCCUGGGCCCAGCCUGAAGGACCUCAGGCCCCUCCCUGGUUUUGGCCUCCCUCCCUCAUGGACUUGGCUUCAGAUCCCCGACUUCAAACCUGCAGGGACAGAUGGUUGCAGGUUGGAGGAGCAGGCUGCACUUCAGGGAGAGGCUGGUGUGAGUGGUAGGAACCAUCUGUGGACAUCAUGGCGAAGAGGGAGGAUAGCCCUGGACCAGAGGUCCAGCCAAUGGACAAGCAGUUCCUGGUGUGCAGCAUCUGCCUGGAUCGGUACCGGUGCCCCAAGGUUCUGCCAUGCCUGCAUACCUUCUGUGAGAGAUGCCUCCAGAACUACAUCCCUGCCCAGAGCCUGACGCUGUCCUGCCCAGUGUGCCGGCAGACAUCUAUCCUCCCCGAGCAGGGCGUCUCAGCACUGCAGAACAACUUCUUCAUCAGCAGCCUCAUGGAAGCCAUGCAGCAGGCACCUGAUGGGGCCCACGACCCCGAGGACCCCCACCCCCUCAGCGCUGUGGCUGGCCGUCCCCUCUCCUGCCCCAACCAUGAAGGCAAGACGAUGGAGUUUUACUGUGAGGCCUGUGAGACCGCCAUGUGUGGCGAGUGCCGUGCAGGGGAGCAUCGGGAGCACGGCACCGUGCUGCUGCGGGAUGUGGUGGAGCAACAUAAGGCAGCUCUGCAGCGCCAGCUGGAAGCUGUGCGCGCCAGACUGCCACAGCUGUCUGCAGCUAUUGCCUUAGUUGGAGGCAUCAGCCAGCAGCUGCAAGAGCGCAAAGCAGAGGCCCUGGCACAGAUCAGCGCGGCCUUCGAGGAUCUAGAGCAAGUUCUCCAACAGCGCAAGCAGGCCCUGGUCAAUGACCUGGAGGCCAUCUGUGGUGCCAAGCAGAAGGUGUUGCAGUCCCAGUUAGACACACUGCGCCAGGGUCAGGAGCACAUUGGCAGUAGCUGCAGCUUCGCGGAGCAGGCCUUGCGCCUGGGCUCCGCCCCAGAAGUCCUGCUUGUGCGCAAACACAUGAGAGAGCGUCUAGCGGCGCUGGCUGCACAGGCCUUCCCAGAGCGGCCACACGAGAAUGCGCAACUGGAACUUGUUCUUGAGGUUGACGGGCUACGUAGAUCGGUGCUCAAUGUGGGUGCGCUGCUCACUACGAGCGCAACUGCACACGAGACGGUGGCCACGGGGGAGGGCCUGCGUCAGGCGCUAGUGGGCCAGCCUGCCUCGCUCACGGUCACUACCAAAGACAAGGACGGGCGGUUGGUGCGCACUGGCAGCGCUGAGUUGCGCGCCGAUAUCACGGGACCCGACGGCUCACGCUUUCCAGUGCCGGUGGUGGACCACAACAAUGGAACGUAUGAGCUGGUGUACACCGCACGCACCGAAGGAGAGCUGCUCCUCUCCGUGCUCCUCUACGGACAGCCAGUGAGAGGUAGCCCCUUUCGUGUGCGUGCCCUGCGUCCCGGGGACUUGCCACCAUCUCCAGAUGACGUCAAGCGCCGAGUCAAGUCGCCUGGCGGCCCAGGCAGCCAUGUGCGCCAGAAGGCGGUGCGUAGGCCCAGCUCCAUGUACAGCACAGGCGGCAAACGGAAGGACAACCCUAUUGAGGAUGAGCUCGUCUUCCGCGUUGGCAGCCGUGGUCGGGAGAAGGGCGAAUUCACCAAUUUACAGGGCGUGUCAGCAGCCAGUAGUGGCCGCAUAGUGGUUGCAGACAGCAACAACCAAUGUAUCCAGGUCUUCUCCAAUGAGGGCCAGUUCAAAUUCCGGUUUGGGGUCCGAGGACGCUCACCUGGGCAGCUGCAGCGCCCCACAGGUGUGGCAGUGGACACCAAUGGAGACAUUAUUGUGGCCGACUAUGACAACCGUUGGGUCAGCAUCUUCUCCCCAGAAGGCAAGUUCAAGACCAAGAUUGGAGCUGGCCGUCUCAUGGGUCCCAAAGGAGUGGCUGUAGACCGGAAUGGACAUAUCAUUGUGGUCGACAACAAGUCUUGCUGCGUCUUCACCUUUCAGCCCAAUGGCAAACUGGUUGGCCGUUUUGGGGGCCGUGGGGCCACUGACCGCCACUUUGCAGGGCCCCAUUUUGUAGCUGUGAACAACAAGAAUGAGAUUGUGGUGACAGACUUCCAUAAUCACUCAGUGAAGGUGUACAGUGCCGAUGGUGAGUUCCUCUUCAAGUUUGGUUCCCAUGGUGAGGGCAAUGGGCAGUUCAACGCCCCCACAGGAGUAGCUGUGGACUCCAAUGGAAACAUCAUUGUGGCUGACUGGGGCAACAGCCGUAUCCAGGUAUUUGACAGCUCUGGCUCCUUCCUGUCCUAUAUCAACACAUCUGCAGAGCCACUGUACGGCCCACAGGGCCUAGCACUGACCUCGGAUGGCCACGUGGUGGUGGCUGAUGCUGGCAACCACUGCUUUAAGGCCUAUCGCUACCUCCAGUAGCUGCACAGGGCCCUCACCUGGCUCAUGGAGGGAUGGACAUAGGAGUGUUUGGACAAGAGUCUGGCGGGAGGUGGGCCAGACCUGGCAUCACUGAAUGUGGGCUGUGGGCGUGGGUACGCCCAGGGCCCUCCCUCUCCCCUUCCCCAACCCCACAGUUGCACUUUAUUUAUUCGGUUCUUGCUUUGGCGACUGGGUGGGCCUGGACUGUGGUCACAUGGAUAUGUGCAGAGCUUCACCCUAACCCUUACACACCUCCCGUACCCCCUCAGUGUGCUCCCCACACUCCAACCUGGGGCCAGAACAGCCUCUUACUCCAGGGCACAAAUCCCUCUGGUUGUCUCCCUACCACCCCCAUACACACAGAGACAGCAAUACCCCAGCCCUCCAUAUUAAAUAAAUGUCUUCACCA